CUUACACACGACCCAGCUCAGAAUACGCAAGGAAGCUCUUCGAGGGAUUCACUUGCAGAAAUACUUCUCAAAGGUCUAGCCAGGGCAAACACUACCACUGCAAUAUUAUUGAGCUGUUCGGACUGCUGUCAACAUUUGGCUCCGCAGCAAGUUCAGGCGCGUCGCAACGUCUUCUCUCUGACCGCAGUCACUCGCAAUGUGGACUUCUUCAUAGCGCUCUUGCAAUCCGGCAUAACCUUGGCACAAUUCUCGGUCUGCGCAAUUCUCGUACGAUGUUUUGCGUAGUGCAUAGGCAACACACAUUGAGAUCGCACAGUCAACAAACGUACGAUUGUUAUCUAUAUGAUUCCCGCGAACGUUUCCCCUCGGUCGAGAGAGAACGGUUUCAUCCCAAGUCAGAACACGAUGCUUCUCGGUGACAUUGCCGACGAAGUCAAUUCUCUCGUUAUGAUUUCAAAGAUAUACGGUAACCAGCUUCCAACAGUGGCUCCCAACACCUCGACGCAUUCAUGCAGUAUGGGCCUUCUAUUCACAACUUCUGCUGGCGGAUGUCUUGACAGAACGUGUCUCUCCGUCUUGUUUAUCCCAUUUCAAAGUACUGAACAUCUCCAGACAUGCACGACCCAAGCCAUCGUCCGUUAUCGAUAUAUUUAUCAUGUCGUGGCUCAGCCUGGCUUUACACCUCUACGCGGCUGCCGCAUGCUGCAUCUCGUCGAUUAAAUCAAACCCCCUUCCUUCGAAGGUACUUAUUCGAGGAUUCUGUGAUCCAUGCUACGUUCAUCAAAAUCUGGCCUUCGAUAAUCAAGGUACUCCCCUGCCUGUGCGCAUGUUCUACUUCGAUUGCCUGGCCACGACUUCCUCAACCGCUCUGUUGGUUACCAGCCCUUGGCGAAGCGCUCGUCCUCGUCACUCUCAAACAUACAUCAUAUCACCGACCUCAUCUCGGGUUUUCGUCGCUUUAGGCUGAAGUCCCCUCGCAUUUGCGAAACAGUCCUCUCGUGUCCUACUCGCCAGCACAACAUUAACAGACAUAGGUGACAUUGGCCGCAUGCACGCUACCACGCAGUAGGGCGAUACUUCACCUACCAGCUCCAUUUGUACAAGGACCACGCUUUUGCGACAGAUAGCCUACACGGGUUCGUGCGUCACCCGAGCUAUCUCGCGCUGUUCAUCUUACGUGUUUGGCUGGCUGAGGUUUAGCACGGCAGUGCUGUGGACUACAUCAGCGGCCCUACGGUGGACCAUCAUGCUUCGCUGGCUGAAUGUCUAAGACGAGUUUCUACAUCGACAUAUUGGAAAGGUGUUGAAGGAGUAAAUUACACAUAAUCGCGGGAUGGAAGAUGCACGCUCAUUUGAUCAUACGUCUUGAGAUAAU